AUGCCUAAAUAUAAACGCCCCGCCCACCCACCCCCAGCACCCCCUCCCUCUCCUGAUCCAACCGCCGUAGUUUGCGACAGAGGCCAAGUAGCGCAUUGCCAGCGACCCGCCUCUCCUCGUCGCCCGCUGCCUCCAUUCCCCUCCAGGACUUUUGAGCAACGACAAGACCCUAAUCCUCGUCCCCCUAAGCCCAAGCCUAGGCCUAGGCUUAAUUUGUUUCACCUUGCUAGGAAUCCUCGCGCUGCUAAACGUGGACCUAUGCUUGCCCAACCAACUCAGGCUACUCAGUUUCCCUCCACUAGCUCUACCAAUACCGGUGCUCGUCCUGGUUCUGGGAGUGCUCGUACUGAUACCAAUGAUAGGGCUGCAGCUGCAGCUAUGGCCGGUGGGGGGGUAAAUAGGCUUCGUAGGGUUGCUGGGUUUGAGAUGUUACGUCGUUGA